GAGGCCUGUUUUCGAUAGAGAAGAGCCCCGCGGUGGAGCAGACCGGACUCUGGACGCGUGGCUCCAGAAUAAGCGGCUGUGCGGGGCGGGGCGGGGUUCCGGGGAAGCCCGGAAGAUUGGCUGCUGAGUGAGGGAUUAGGUAAUGAUGAGCCGCACCUGCCUUCUUGAUUCCGUCUCUGCAGAAGUUUUGUGGUUUGUCUGAUAUCGACAAUGGAUCCUGCUCGACUGGCUCGAAGACUGCUUCUAUCGCGGCCGCAGCUGUCGUCUGUGUCUGCUGCUCGCAGGUGCUUACUGCGGAGACCUCCUUCUCUCUUCUUGAAUUUACGUGGUCUCUCCUCCCGUCCGCCGGUAAUCGACGAGCGCUACUACAUCCUGACCCCUGCCAACCCCGAUCCCCACCACCAUCACCAAAACCACAGCAAUACACCCCCUCCAAAGCCAUCCUAUGUGCUCUUUCUACUCCGCCUCUCGGCCGUCUCCGGCGGCCUCGGUCUCGCCUUCUUCCUCGGCUCGACCACCCUCGUCAGCGUCUGCGAUCGCAACUUCCCCUCCAUCCACACAGUCCUGAAAACCUCCGAUGCCCCAAUCACCGUCACGCUCGUGGCAGUCAACGUCGCCCUCUUUGCACUCAAGCGCGGCGUGCCCAGUCUCACGCCGCUCCUGGUCCGCUACGGCUACCUCCGCAACGACGUCUUCGAGCAGACCCGCCGCGUCUCGACCGAGGCCUCUCCCGCGCUCAGCAUCCUGCUCUCGUCCUUCUCCCACGGCAGCGUUCUCCACCUCUUUUGCAAUUGCUACGCAAUGUACUCCUUCGGUUCAGCCAUCGAGUUCCUCGACGGCUGGUCCACCCUGCUCGCCGUCUACGCCCUCUGCGUGCCCUUCACCGUCCUCGGCUCGUUCAUGCUCAGAGGCGUAGCCGCCCCCUCGCUCGGCGCAUCCGGCGCCUGCAUGGGCAUGGUCUCCUACCUCGCCGUCCGACGCCCCGAGCUCGGCAUGGGCAUCAUCUUCAUCCCAAACGUCUCGAUCUCGAUCGGCGACGGCACCCUCCUCACCGCCGCCUACAGCAUCUUCAGCAUCGCCCGCAGCGUCAUCACAAAACGCCCGGGCUUCAUCGACCACGGCGGCCAUCUCGGCGGCCUCCUCGGCGGCUACUUGCUCGCCUCUGAAGUCCAGCGCAUCCGCAAACAGCAGAGAUCGGCUCGGCCCUGGUACUCGCGAUAGAACACAGUCGUGCGCAUAAUCAAUUACAUAAUACAAACUUUAUCCUGCGCGUCCGAGGCAUCUGAUAGCCCUAAACAGCAAAGUGAUCCCGAACAUCGGGACUCCAACCAGAUAACCAGGUCGACAGAAGCAUGGACCUGAUCUCUGUCUUUCGACGACGAUAGCCUUCUUCUUCUUCUACUCCUCCUC